ACCAAACCCUCUUCAACGGAUUGCAGAACAUUGAGAUAUCGAGUUUAGAGUUCUAAGCAAAGAAAUACAAAGAAACAUGGCUUCAUCCAUUGUGUCCUCAGCCGCCACCGUCGCCUCCAUCAAGCGCACUGCCCCGGUGCAGGCCAACAUGGUGGCACCCUUCUCCGGCCUCAAGUCGACCGCAUCCUUCCCCAUCAACCAAAAGACCAAUGACAUCACUGCUUUGGCCAGCAAUGGAGGAAGAGUUCAGUGCAUGCAGGUGUGGCCCCCGAGAGGCAAAUUGAAGUUCGAGACUCUUUCUUACCUUCCAGAUCUGACUGACGAGCAAUUGCUCAAGGAAAUUGACUACCUUCUCAGGAGCAACUGGAUUCCUUGCUUGGAAUUCGAAGUUGGGAAAGCACACAUUUACCGUGAGAACAACAGAUCCCCCGGAUACUACGACGGUCGCUACUGGACCAUGUGGAAGCUCCCCAUGUUCGGGUGCACCGACGCAACUCAGGUCUUGGCCGAGGUCCAGGAAACCAAGAAAGCGUACCCUGACGCUCACGUCCGUAUCAUCGGAUUCGACAACAACCGUCAAGUCCAGUGCAUCAGUUUCAUUGCCUACAAGCCUCCGGCCAAAUAAGUGAAUUAGUAUUUCCAAGUGUUUUACCUCAUUAGGAGGUUGUUCCUAUUUGUCAAUGGUUUUGCAGCUUUGUUUUUGUUCUUGUUUUUGUUUUUGUUUUUUUUUUGUAUUUGUGUUAAUUAAGUUCCCGUUCGGUUUGUACGAUUUCAAUGUGAAACGUUGAGGCUAUGGGAAUGGAAUUCAAUGUCUAUGAUACUUUGAUUUACGGAAUCAUAAGAGCUCUGGCUCUGAUUCCUGUUCUUAUUUAAUAAAUCAAUUUCCCCUUUUUUUCUUUU